UCACGUUUCCAGUUCACGUGCUCACGAGCCGUGGGCAAGUCAGUUGGCUCGAGGUGGCAUACAGGAUUGUGUUGUCUCUGUUUCAUCAAAACAGUUGAUUUUGUGUGACAAUAUUCUCAUUGUGAUCGAUAGCGACGCCGUACGUAAGAAAGUUGGGCUGGAUUGGAUUCAUAGGAGACAGAUUACCAAUGUAGAUGUGUGCUGAUCACAGGUUACAAAACUCUGUACACCAACAACUGCCAGCAGUAGAGCAUUGACAGACUUUACAAAUGCAGUCCACGUGAUAAACGUCCACAAAUUGCUACGCAGCCCUUGUACUUUGUGAAUUAAGCCUACAAUAAAAUAAAAAUGGAUGUUAUGUUUCACUUGAAGAUCCAAAACAUAUUUGCAUCACUAGGUGGCAAUGUAGGAGAUGUUUAUCAAAUUAAUGAAAAUUGUUUAAGUGCUUUGGGUGAAAUACUAAACAUAUUUUCAACAGAUAUUCAAUCAGACCGUAAUUUUCGAAGAUAUCUUUGGUUGUCGCAUGCAAUUAAGAAGGAGUUUAUACCACUUCUGAUCAAUGCAAAAGAUGAUAUAAGAAUAACAGAUGGCAUAAUAAGAGUGUUUGUGAAAGCAACAACACCAAUAGAAUGCUUAUUUGCAGUGGAUUCAGUAUCAAAGACAGAUGCUGGUCGCCUCACAAUUUCCGAGGUAAACCAGUUACUCUUAUCAGGAAAGGAAGCAUUUGUGGAUUCUCGAAGUACGAGGGCUGUUAUCGACUUCAUGAAAAUAUUACUUGAGAAGAAGGAAAAGCUAUCUGAAAGUGAAUGUGAGAGCAUCAAUAAUUGCUUACUCCUGCUGCGCAAUAUUCUACAUAUUCCAGAAACACGCAUUAACCAAUCAUCUACAAACCAUACCAGCAUGCAAAAUCAGAUUCUGUGGAAUAUAUUUGCACAGAAUGUGGACAAGAUUCUUAUCCAUCUUUUGACAUGCGAGCAAAAGGCACACUGGGGUGUGACAAUGGUUCAGCUCAUUGCAUUAAUCUACAAGGAUCAGCAUGUAGGAACACUGCAGAAUCUUUUGAAUCUCUGGUUUGAAGCAUCUCUUAGUGAAAGCUCAGAGGAUAAUGAAAGCAACACUUCACCACCGGAUCAAGGUGCAGAAGACUCUUCAACUAUGGUAACGUCAGACCCAACAUCUGAUUCCUCAGACAAUGGUGGUAACAAUUAUGAGAAAUCACUUACUAAUCACUGUGGCACUGGUGAAAUGAAACAAAAUACAAAUGAACAUCAUCCUUCAAAACAGCAUUCUUAUAGAAAAACUUCUCACUGUGAAGCGAACAAAGCAAACAGAAAAAAUGCAGUUGAAAUCCAACGUAAGCCUCAAACCCCAAUGCGACCAAAUAGAAAACCAAGUGUAGGCAAAACCUUCAAUAAAAAAAAACAUAGGAGUGAUUCUGAAGAAGUUACUCCAUCUCAUUCAACAGCCACUGAACAGAAGUCAGGUGCACUUCACACACAACAUAGUCCCAACAGCUGGUCUAUGGAUACGUCCAACAAUCUUAGAAAAGAUUGUCCAUCAGCAUCAGAGCUUUCAGACUAUGGAUAUGGUACUCAGGUGGAAAAUCAAGGUUCUGUAUCAACCUCCAGCAAUGAUGAUGACAGCCCACAAUUUAAAAGACCAGUACAUCAGAAACUACAUCCAAUGCAAAAGUUGUGGUAUAAUUCCAAACCAGCACAACUGAUGAAGGUAGAUCAGAAAGAAUGGAGAAGAAAGAAGCUGGUAAAAAGAAGUAAAACAAACAUAAUGAAUAUGAAAGCACUACUUCAUCAUACUCCUACAGAUGAAGAUAUCUCCAAUCUCCUAAAGGACUUUACAGUGGAUUUCCUUUUAAAAGGAUAUGGAUGCUUGGUGCAAGAAUUAUUUAUACAGCUUCUCUCACCUAAACAGUGCAUACAAGUUGAUACAUCACACUUCUUUUGGCUAAUUACAUACUUCCUGAAAUUUGCAGCACAAUUGGAAUUGGAGUUGGAACAUGUUAAUGUGGUCCUGUCCUCUAGAAUUGUCUCAUACUUGAUUUAUGAAGGAGUAAAUCUUUGUGAGGAACUGGAAAUUUGUUUUCCUCUAGAGAGUGCUGAUGUCAAACCAUCCAUUCGUAGACUGCAUCUGGUGGUGACUGCAAUUCGUGAAUUUAUUCAAGCUUUGGAAACAUACAAAAAAAUAUCACAUUUAAGCCCUGAGGACAGGGACUAUCUUCUGCAAUUGCAGUUGGAAAUUGCAAUGACUGAAGACCUGAAACAUUUAUUCAUUCUACUUUUGCGCAGUUACAAUCAAAAAUUUCAGACAAUACAGUAUCUCCAGGAUGUUAUAGUUAGUAAUCAUAUUCUGAUGCUAUUUCUGGACUGCACAUCUAAGCUCCCACAAUACAAAGGAAAUGCUUCCAUGACAGAACAUAUUAAACAGUUCGCAGCUACAGAAAUAAUGUACCAGUAUGGAAUUCUUCUUGAAGAUUUCCAAAGUAAUGGAGAGUUUGUCAAUAACUGUGUCUUCACAAUGAUGCAUCAUGUAGCAGGGGAUUUGGAAAAGGCUACAGUACUUUUUCAGCCACACAUUCUAAAAUCCUUUUCACAGAUAUGGGAGACAGAUUUUGAAGUAUCUGAUGUUUGGUCUGAUUUAAUUGAAUAUGUGAUCCACAAAUUUGUUAAUGUACCUAAACAAACUCCAGUGGCUCUUCAUCUACCAUCUGAACAAAAUGUACAAAUGAAAGACUCAGAAAGUAUUAAAAGUGACAAAGAUACAGGGUGGUCAAAGGAUGAGAAAGAUAAUUUAUACUGGUACUAUGUACAGAGUGCAAGGAGUUCUGAUCCCUUUGGAAAGAUGAAAGAAAUGUAUAAUGAAAAUGGAUCUAUCAACAAAACUAAAAUUGGUAUAAUACGACAGCUGCUUACUCAGGAUAUAAUUACACAGAAGCAGUUUGAUGAUUUCAUGAAAGCAGAGCAUGAGGUUACAACUGAAGUAAAACAAACAGCUCAUAACAAUGCAGAACUUGUUACCUCCAAAGCAGUUAAUAGCAGUAGAAAAAUAUGGGAAAAGGAAGAAGCAACUGGUUUAGACUUCAGACUGACUGCAGAUGUUGAUGACAGAGUAACAUCACUUAAAGAUCAUCUGUUGAAGGAAAAUAAGGGGAAUGGGUUAAAAUGGCUUCAGAAAGUUCUUAUUGACAUCUGUCACGUCAAACUUGCAACAGAGAAUCAUCAGCUGGACAAUGAAAAGGUUAUUCUGGAACCUGUGGCCUACUAUUGUUCAUUGAAGAAGCAGUCAAUUCCUGUGGUGCCAUGGACAUCUGAGCAGAAAAGUCUGAUGCUGUAUCAACCAUUUAUUCAGCUACUUCAUACAUUGGGUUUUCAUUUGCCUCUUGAUUCUGGAAAAAUAUUUGCACGUGUUCCUGAGUUUUGGACUGCUGAUGUUGUUUUCAGUAUAGCACAUAAACUGGGGCCAAUUGAUAAAUCUGUGUUGAAGUUCGAUGAAAUGUUACUAAAGAAUAGUGAAUGUCAAAUGGAAGACAGUGAAAUUAUGCCGCCCAUGCCUAUGAUGAUGCUAGAAAACAACUUCACACUUCCAAAUAUUUAUCAGUCUUCUUCAGCUAUACGAUCUGUGCCUCAUCCUGCUUCAUUUAACGAUUGGAUGCAGCUUACCAUGAAUUCAAAAACUGCUGUCUUACCUCAGAGGCCACCAUCCCCUACAGAACCAAGUUUUCUUUCUGGGGUGCAACAUGCUGAUAUCGACAAAGGGCCACCCACCAUAUCAAAUGAGAAAUUUCAUGAAGAUUGUGAGUCAAAUGAUGAACUGAUAGUCUGUAGCUUAAGUGAAAUGGAAGCUGAGAGUGUGGCUUCAGAACUUACGCGAAUGUGUGUCAGCGAUGAAGAAGAUAAACAAGGCAUCGAAGUGCCUUUUCCAAGUUCCAGUACUGCAGGUCUUUCGUAAAAGACUGUGGACUUUGUAUGUGAAAUUAGCAUUGACAUUUGGUAAGAAAAAAAAGAAAAACUUACUAGAAAUGUUUCACAUAUUUGAUAGUGGAGACACUGACAAAGUGUUUCAACUUGAAAAUAGCCAAAAUGUCACAAAUAUCAGAUUUUUUCAUUUGGUGUGAAAGCUUUUGCCGAGAUAUAUUACAUAUUUUGUUAACAUGCACAUGGUAUGGCACUGAAACACAAUAUAUCAUCUUAGCAAAUGAAUAUAUUAAUCACGGAUUCGCUAUUUUUAAGAAUAUAUUAUUUAGCACUGAGGAUUCUGAUAUUUUUAAGUUCAGGAAGUAGAUAUAUAAGGAUAAAGUACAAAGAACUCUUGUGCAAAGUGCUCAAAAUAUUAGGCAUUUUUGUUGUUAGUAAUGCAGACAUUGGCAGCACUUAUCAACUAACAAUAGUAAUGUAUCACACAUGUCCAAAAUGUAGUAACAGAAAGAACUUUGAAGGUAAUAAAUUUCCUCUUUCUUAUUCCUUUACAUGCUUAACAUAUAUCUCUUGUAUCUGUUAAGAAUGUGUAUUAUUUAGGAAUAAAUGUAACAACUCCUGGAUAGGAAAAGCACUCAGUCAUUGAAAGGCAAAUAAACAUCACUGAGAAUUUUGUUAGGUUUCAGAUGAAUCCUUUCUUGACCUAUAGUGCACGCACUCACUCGUGUGUGCAUGCACUCACUUGUGUGUGCAUGCACGCGCGUGCCCACCCACCCACCCACCCACACACCCACACACACACACACACACACACACACACACACACACACACACCAGGUAAACUGCAGUGGCAGCACUUAGCUGGGGCUGUGUAGUAGUACUGGUCCACAUGUAAUUGGUAAUUGUGAAGUAAGAUUCAUCUGAUAACUAGCAAAGUUUCUCAGUUUUAUUCGUGUGUCUUUUGACAGCUCAACACUUAUAUUGUUUGAUGAGCUGUUACUUCUGCCUGUAAAUCAUUUACACCUUACCAGGAUCUCCCAUUAACAUGUUUAGAAUAUUUGUUUUUCUUAAAUAUCUACAUCUGCUUUGGUUGUUUGCCAGUGGUAGUACUACUACAGGCUCACGAGAAAAAACAACAAUCAACCCCAGUUUACCACAUAUUAGAAUUUGUCCCUAAAAGUCCAACAAAUAGUGUAUCAUACUCAUUUGUUAUAGAAAUGGUAUUAAACCACCAUUUGCCUCAUUGCAAAUACAAUCACAGUUCAGGUAGCUAACAUACUAGCAAUAUGUAUGAGCUAGUUGUCACCACCAAUGGACACAAUAUCAAAUGCUGAUCAGUAACACUGCAUAUGACAUUGAACGCAGUGGAAAACAACUGGGACAUGCCCAUUAUUAUUUUCCUACAGACGAGUUAACUUACAGCACUUGUUGCUCUUUAAUGUAAUCUGAGCAAGUGAAGUUUAUACAUAAUGUAUUACUAAAUCCAUUUGUUGCUCAAUAACUAAGCUGAAAAUGCGGAUCCAAGCUACUUUUCAUGUAUAGCUAUGACUCAGCUGAUGUAUUUUGCUGAUUUUUCAUGUAGAAAUUCUAAACAAAAUUUAACUCAGAAAUGAUUUUAUGAACAUAAAAUUCCUGUUUAUUUAUCAAAAAUGUCUUCUCCUAGGAUGUUUUCCAACAGUAACAAUGUAUGAAUUAAGUGGACAAGAAGUUUUCAUGCUUUGCUUGUGCCCUUAAUUACCAUUUAUGUAAAGGGAUCUUGCCUUGCAAGGUAUAAUUUUACUGAAAUGCCUUUUAUCAAAUAAAUUUCAAGUAUGUAGCAAUGAAUAUUGGACACAUUAAUAGAACAUAGGUAUUUUCAAUGGGUUCUGGGUAUCAAUAGAUUAAACAUCUGAUGAAUUUGUUUUAAUUGUUUAUUGUAAUGUAUAGACAUUUUCUUA